UAGGUUGAAAAUUAAAUGUAUUGUUAGUUUCCGGUCGGAGCUGUAUCCCUUCUUUCCUGAGGAGAGAGCUCACUACAUUACCCAUAAGCCCUCUGUUGUUCCGGAAGUGACGUAAAAUAUACUGGCUCCUGGAUUUAAACUGAAAUGGACACUGGUCCCAUGAAUAGAGGAGUUUAGACAAAAUAGCACCUUUAAUUACCAUUUUUAUGAGAGGACAUAUGUUAGUGACGUUUCUUUAAAAUGACCGGUCUCGCGCGUGUGUUUUGAAGCGUUAUUUCAGUCGUUUGUUUCCUAAAGCUGAAACGCUCUUCUUCAUUAUAUCAGGUGUCCUUUACCUUUCGCUGUAACCUCACCUGUCACCUGUCAUCAUUCCCGUUGGCUCUAACGUUACGUGUCUUUAGAACGCAGGCUGGGUUUAAGGCUUGUAUUUUAAUCGAUAAAUUGAUUAUCAGCCGCUCAGUAUGAACUGGGAUCAACAGUUGAGCUCCAUCAUCUCCGAGGCUGAUGGAAGUGUCGCAAAAAUGAGAGAACGCCUUACUGCGCAUAGAAGAUCUUACAGAGGGACAGAAGAUGUGUUUCCGGUCAGAGAGGUCACAUCCGGUGUUGAUCUGAAGCCGUCUGCGGUUCAGUGGUCAGAUCUGACCGCCAUCCAAACACAAUUACAGCAGCAGAGUCAGGCCAUUGAGACUUUAACACAGAGUCUUCGAUUACUGGAAAGAGAACGAAAUGCUCAGCAAAGACAAAUACAAACAUUACAAGAGGAGCAGAAGAGACUUCAGGAUAAACUGGAGGAGAGAGAGCAGGACGCGGGUCGGAGAUCACUGAGUCCUGGACCGGACCGACGGAUCGAGCAGUGGAAGAGAGAGUUGGAUCGAGAGCUGAGCAGUCUGAGAGCGCAGAUCAACCGUGCCGCGACUCUAGGAAACCAGGAAGAAAGUUUCAGCUCUAAACUGCGCAGAGAAGAACUGGAGCAGCUCAGGAGAGAGGUGGACAUCCUUAAAAACAAACUUAUGCGGCAGGAGGAAGAUACGUUCCAGCUCCGGUCAGAGGCCAGAGAAACAAGGAGACAGUAUGAACACAGCUCUAAGACGUUGGAAAGUUUUACAGAUUCAUACCGAACGCACAGUUUUGAUCUCGCUCGGAUGGUGUCACAGUAUCAGCACACGCAACAGGAAGUGCGUGACCUCAGAGUCACUGUCUCAGAGCUGAAGGACGAGGUGCGAGGUCUGGUCCUGAGAGAAACCCUCCCUACACCUGCACCUCUAGCACACAAACCAGUGGUAACUGUGAAGACAAGCCCGCAGAGACGCGUGUCGUCAGGGUCCGAUGAUGAUUUCAGUCCCACCCCCAGUCUGGGUGAGAUCAGCUCAGAUGAGUUAGAUGCAUCAUGGCUGGAUGAACCAGAGCCACAAACCAGGAGGAGGCGCCGGCGUGUCCGUUUAAAUUCAGAUCUUACAGGAAGUGACCUCAGCGACGCUGGAAGUGGGCUCGAUAGUAACCUUGGCAAUGAUGCUGAAGGAGUUUCAGACAGUCCUCCAGAUCUCAGUCUCAGUGACCUCUGACCUUAAAGGUUAAUAAAUCUAUGUGCUGCUAUUAGAAGGAAAUAGAAACCUUAGUCUUGUGUUGAUGCAAGAAGGUAGGUUUAAAGAGUGUAACGGACAGUUUACUUGUCAUGAAGCCCCGGACUGUGCUAUUUAUGCCAUAAUUGAUCUAUACAUUCAUGUUAAAUCAAGACCAUGGGCACAGAGUUUUGGCAGUAUUUUAUGACUGACACACAUUGCUCACAGAGUCUUUAUAGGCUUUGCAAGUAUUGCACAUAUUUGCAAUAACGCAAAAAGAGUGUUUUCAAUAUGAACAUGCAUCACAUACAGUAACCUCCAUUUAGUCCAAAACAGUUUGACUCCAGCAUGUGUACAUGUUGUAAAUGUAGUUGCAGGCAGUAUUUGGAGAAUGUUUGUCACAGUAAGACCAGAAAUAUGUAUUAAGAAAGUAAAUCGUCAAUUUAAUUUCAUGUUGACAAAAACAAGUUACCUUUUUACCACUUAAAAUAAGUCUAUAGCAUUGUCCAAGUGUCCAAGUGUUAUGCGCCAAAUUUCAAAAAGGGACAGUUUAGUGUAUUUUAAAGACUUUUAUUAAUAAAAAAAAAAAGAACAGUGUGUAAGAAACACUUUAAAUGCACUUCCACAAGUUAUUACACAAAGUAAAAAACACACAUCCAUCAGCCAACAAACCACAAGGAUGAAAAUACUGUAUUGAUGUUUUAUCAAUCAAUAACAUUUUUUAAAUGCUA